AUGAGCAGCACACAGUCCCACGAAAGUCCUUCCCUAAAUGACACUUUUCUAAACAACAGCGAGAUUCUUUUGGUUGCAUUCACUAAUUCUUCUCUUCCACCAGAAGCUUCAAUAGAGAUUUACGAUGUCCCUGUUGCCAUAAUAAUUUUGCUGUCUUUCUGUUAUGGAACAGUAUCCCUCGUAGCCGUGAUUGGUAACUUCUGUGUCCUGUGGAUUGUCGCCACAAGCCGCCGGAUGCAGACAGUCACCAACUUUUUCAUCGCUAAUUUAGCCUGUGCUGAUAUCAUUAUCGGUCUUUUCUCUAUCCCGUUUCAGUUUCAAGCUGCUCUACUUCAGCGCUGGGUUUUACCCAACUUUAUGUGCGCCUUCUGUCCGUUUGUUCAGGUUCUGUCAGUCAACGUGAGUAUUUUCACUCUGACAGCCAUCGCCCUUGACCGCUACCGGGCCGUCGUAUUUCCACUAAAGGUUCGAACCUCGAAAUUUAGGGCCAAACUGAUCAUCGCAGGCAUCUGGGCAUUUGGAGGAGCAACUGGCAUCCCCUACGCCCUUGCUCUGCGUGUUAGUCAGGUGUACGACCCAACAACAAACAAUUACACAAAACCUUUUUGUGACAACAUAGAAUUCUCACCAACAGCAUGGAAGACCUACAAGCAUGUCUUGGUUUGUAUUCAAUACUUUGUCCCUCUUUUCAUUAUUAGCUUCGCCUAUAGUAGAAUGGGACUCAAACUCAAAGAUGGCCAAGUUCCUGGAAAUUCUCAUGGACCAAGAGACCGCGGCAUCAUUAAAAACAAGAAAAAGGUAAUCAAGAUGCUGUUUAUUGUGGUAACUAUCUUCGCUUUUUGUUGGCUUCCAUUCCAGACCUACAAUAUACUUCAAGAGAUUGUCCCUAAAAUCAAUGAGUACAAGUACAUCAAUGUAAUUUGGUUUUGUUGUCACUGGUUGGCCAUGAGUAACUCUUGCUGUAAUCCUUUUAUUUAUGCUAUUUACAACGUGGGGCCGAUACGGAGAGCAAAUAGACGUAGACGACCAGAAAGAUUUAGACUUGAAUUCCGUGGUAGAUUGCAGCAAAAUAGCCAUCACAGAAGAUUCGAACAACAAUUCCUUGAGCUGCAUAACUCAAACCCCACUGUGCUUCGUCCUCGGCGGUCUUUCGAUGGAUCAGGAAGAAAACAAAGUGUCUGUCCUUUCUAG